AUGGCCGACGGCCCUCGCCGCCCCCACGAUGAGUUCACCUUUGAAGAUGGCCGUUUCACGGUACAUGGAAUGGAACGAAUCGAAGGCUCCACGCUUCGGGAAAUGUUUCUUCCGAAGCUGACAUCUCAAGGACGAUGGGCUUUGAAAGGGAACCCUCGUUUUGUACGUUCCCAGCUGAAGCACUAUGGUGUCGACGUCGACGAAGAGAAAUAUUCCGGCAAUGGUACAAACGUACUGAAGAGCGCCCUCCAAGCCGGAAAGUGUGAUCAAGUCCCCGACUACAUUGUUCAACUGGAAAAAGAAUUACACUCAAAGUGGCUGAGCCAGGCAUCCCCCAAACAACUUCUCGACAACCCAGACUGGUUCAUGCAGAAAUAUUUCUUGUCUGAUGGAAAGUCCGACUGCAGUAAAACGACUUCAGUGAUUCGAAUAAAUCUCGAUCUAUACGGCCCAGGUCAUUCGGACUGGUUCAUCAAAGCUGCCAAUCAAGUCACCGGGUUGCACCACCAGCGCGUCAUUACUGGGCUUUUUGAUACAUCCAUUUUUGUGGGCUGGUCCAAAGAGGAUGUGGAACAUGCAGCCAAAAAACACUACAGGGAAGAGAUGACCGCACAGAAGGCCGAAGAGGCCGAAGAAGAAGCUCAAAUGUCCAAGCGAACUAACAGACAUGUUGACUAUGUCAGUUCUCUUUCCAAGAACAAGUCCAACAUCACCCCUAUCGGCUCUUACACUGUCGAUAGCCCAGAGAUUGAGGAGUCGUGGCCAGGCAUGAUGGAUGAUACUAUGGGCAUUGAAAUACACGCCACUGAUACACCUGGUGUAUUUCAAGGAGACUUCAACUUCCGGGUCGCCGAAGGGGUUAUGUUUCUUUGCGCCGACAAAUACACACUCGAGGAAUAUUGCUCUCGCCCUGAACACAACCGUGUGGACAAGUACAACUUCUCGGACGAUGAGGAAACCGACGAUGAGGAGCUUCAGAGGAAGCCUAACCAGGGAAUCAAGAGAAGCUUGAAGACGUCAAAGUCUCCGCAGAAGACAAAGCAACCGAAAGCAGAGAAAGGCCAGGCUAUCCAUUACUUUCUCCAGCAUAAAUCGCGCGAAACAGGAGAAGGUGUGGUUGAUUUCCAGCCUCACGACGGCAAACUCAAAUUCGACGACGAGAGAUUGGUUAGCUUUAGUGGUGAUACAUCUCUGAGUAUCCUGGGCAAAUGUUCGUUCUCCGCUCGCAAAGUUUCUGAUGUGCCUCAUCCAUCAGGGGAAAAUUGGUCGAACUUUUCAGAAAAAACCUACGAUCGACAGUGUAUUGCAAGGUGGCAUUAG